AUGAGCGCCUUCACGUUGAAGUGGCCGCGCUCUGCUCAGUCUUCGUUGCUUCAGCAACAUAAUCAUAAUUUGCUUAAACGCGACCCCCUCCCUCGACCAUGGUGCCGGUCCUUUUCCUCCAGCGCCGACCGGCCAGUCCACCAGAGCGCCGAAUUUUCCAGUUUUAGUAAGAAUAACGAUCGAUUGGGCCGACGGGCCAAGGAGAAGCUGCUUGAUCGGGAAUUCUUCCUCAGUCUGUUGAGCUCGGCCCCGACCAAGCGAGAAGCCAAAUCAUAUCUGGCGCGAAUCAAGCAGCAGCCGAAGACAGAUUACAACCCUCCUACAACACUUAAAGCCGAACCGGGGAUUUCGAAGGCGACAGAGAAUGCAGCAGCUUUGAUCCCUCAGCCGUCAUCUUCUGGCAGCUCGUUUUAUGGUGCCUCGCGAUCCGUCUACGCUAGUCCCGUCUUCCGUCAGCAUGCGACUCCUGCAGUUCAACCACAGGAUGUAGUGGAGGAGAAGCUUCACUUGGCUCUUGUGAAGAUCACAACACCUCAGCUUCUCGAGGCCUCCAUUAUCGAUGGUGUCGCCAAAACCCUAGCCCAGCUGAGCCGUCUGGGAUUGCCCUGUUGUGUUGUAGUGGACCCGGGGACAAAGGAUGAUCCUAAUGUGCUGCGGAAAAUCGCCAUAGACCAAGCAGAUCGCAUUUCCAGCGCGAUUGAUGCGCAGCCUGAUUCUAAGUCCGUCCGGUUGGAUUCGGGGUUCUCCAUUACAUCAACUGCUACGGAACCCAUGGUGUUCUCACGAAAGCUGCUGCUGAAUCCGUUGCGUGAUGCACAUACUGUGAUUGUACCUCCAAUUGGGUAUACCAUGGAUACGCCCCGGGCGGUUUUCAUCCCUGCGAACGACGCCGUGCUUGCUCUGACCAAGGAGUUUGCAGGGCUGUCAUACCCCCCCCAUAAUCCUGAUGAGGAUCCAUUGGUCACUGCCGAUAGAAUCAAGGGCUUUCAGAAAGAAGUAUCCUUAGACCGUGUUAUACUGUUGGAUCCGCUAGGGGGCAUCCCGGCAUAUAGUGGACCGCAGACAUCGCAUGUUUUCAUCAACAUGGAGCAGGAGGUUGAGGAUAUCGAAGACGAACUGCUGCGGGUGGGACAGUCAUUGCUGACACCUGAAGGCGCAAAAAUUGAUGAGGGGGCAACUUCCAUUGGCAAUAGUAACCCUCUCACGGAGUUUGUCAAUUCGGAAGUCUCCUCGACGCCGUCUGGUCAAGCGUACCAAACAAACCAAGCAAGAUCUGGAAUAGAAGCGAUUGAUGGACAUAUCGAAAACCUCCGACUGUCUCAGAAGGCACUUGCCAUGUUGCCCGCCACAUCAUCCGGCAUCAUCUCGUCGCCAAUGGACAUAGCCAAUUCGGCUCAGACGCCGCAAACUGCUGUUUCGGCCGUGUCUGCCGUGGGAACGCGGCGACAACGGAACCCGCUCAUUCACAAUCUGCUCACUGACAAACCAUUGCUUUCGUCUUCCCUGCCCAUGAGUCGGCGCAGUGCCCUUGAUGGCAACAACACAUUCAACCCGCCUGUCUCUCACACGACCUUUGUCAAACGCGGCAUGCCGCUGACGGUCCUGCCUGAUACACGAGUCCAUGUGUGGGCUCCCAACAAAGAAGGUCGCGUGAAGCUGACUGAUUCAUGUAUUGACCUGCCUCGUUUGGUCUACUUAAUCGAAGACUCCUUUAACCACAAACUCGACGUCCAGGACUACCUGAAACGAGUAAACGACCGUUUAGCAGGUGUAAUAAUCGCAGGCGAGUACGAAGGCGGUGCCAUCCUCACCUGGGAAACACCUCCCGGCAUCCCAGACGACGACAGCGAAGCCAGCCGCGCGCGAAUGGUCCCAUACCUGGACAAGUUCGCCGUCCGGAAGCGUAGCCAAGGCGCAGGUGGUGUGGCGGAUAUGGUAUUCAAUGCGAUGGUGCGCACAUGCUUCCCCAAUGGACUCUGCUGGCGCAGUCGCAAGGACAACCCGGUUAAUAAAUGGUACUUUGAGCGGUCUCGUGGGACGUGGAAGUUGGCGGAUACUAAUUGGACGAUGUUUUGGACGACUCCGGGUCUACCUGACGAUGCGCAGAAGCUUCAGGAUUACGAGGCUGUUUGUCGCACUAUCGAGCCGAGUUGGGCAGAUAAUACUGGUGUGAUUGAUUAG